AUGUCUUUCUUCACUAAAUCAUUUCCUACACUCAUUUUCACCUUAACAAUCUCUCUUGUUCUUUUUGCCAAUGCACUUACACAACCCGUUACACGUAAGCCUAAGUAUCAACUUUCGGUCGAUUUUUACGCGAAAACAUGCCCACAGCUCGAUCAGCUCGUCGCUUCUGUCACGUCACAGCAGUUCAAGGAAGCACCAAUUUCUGCGCCAGCCACCAUUCGUCUUUUCUUUCACGACUGUUUUGUUGAAACAGGGGGCCCGUACUACCCGGUCAAAAAAGGCCGUUGGGAUGGCAAAAUCUCGUUGGCCUCAAGAGUACAACCCAACCUCCCACGAGCAAACUCGACAGUUGACGAGCUUCUAAAGCUCUUUGGGUCAAAGGGCCUAACGCUAGAGGACUUGGUCAUACUCUCUGGGGCCCACACAAUUGGGUUUGCCAACUGCAGGCAUUUUGUGGGCCGGCUUUAUGACUACAAGGGCACGAAAAAGCCGGAUCCAUGGAUCGACCCAAGGCUCCUUAAGGCCCUCAAAAUGUCGUGCCCGCGUUUUGGCGGGAAUACUGAUAUCGUGGCCCCAUUUGAUGUCACGACUCCAUUCUCGUUCGACAAUGCUUAUUAUGGGAACUUGGAGGCUAAGAUGGGCCUGCUUGGGUCUGAUCAGGCCCUGUUUGUGGACCUUAGGACAAAAGGUUUGGUUCAGGCAAUGGCUAAGGAUAAGCAAAGGUUUUUUCAAGAGUUUGCUUUGGCUAUGGAUAAAAUGGGAGGCAUUGGUGUGAAGAGAGGAAGAAGGCAUGGAGAGAAGAGAAAAGACUGCACAUUGCACAUGUGA